UUGAUAUAAGUACGCCUGCUUCCUCAUGAGUCUGUGAAUAAUAUUAUAAAUCACACUGAUGAUAUACAGUUAUUAAUCAGUUAUUUUUAUUAACAUCAUCCAGAGCAGAGUGUUUUAAUGGCGUCAGGAAGCGCACUGAUCUUUGAUGAGGAGAUGACUCGUUAUAAACUCCUCUGGACAGAUCCAGUGUGUGAGAUCGAGGUGCCCGAGCGUUUGACCGUGUCGUAUGAAGCGCUCAAGACACACGGCGUGGCUCAGAGAUGCACACGAGUGCCGGUCCGCCAGGCCACCGAGCAGGAGAUCUUACUCGCGCACAGUGAAGAGUAUCUGGAGGCCGUCAAACAGACUCCGACAAUGACCGUGGAAGAGCUGAAGGCAUUCUCCAAGAAGUACAACGAUGUCUAUUUCCACCAGAACAUCUAUGGCUGUGCUAGGCUGGCGGUGGGCGCUACGCUGCAGCUGGUGGACAGUGUCAUGAAGAGAGAGGUCAGGAACGGCAUGGCCCUGGUCAGGCCUCCAGGACACCACAGUCAGCGCUCUGCUGCAAACGGGUUCUGUGUGUUUAAUAACGUGGCCAUCGCGGCUCUUUAUGCUCAGAAGAGCUACAGCGUGAACAGGGUUUUGAUUGUGGACUGGGACGUCCAUCACGGACAAGGUGUUCAGCACUGCUUUGAGGAGGACCCAAGCGUGCUUUAUUUUUCCUGGCAUCGUUAUGAGCAUCAGACCUUCUGGCCCAAUCUCCCAGAGUCGGACUAUACAAGCGUCGGGAAAGGCAAAGGAUCCGGUUUCAACAUUAACCUCCCCUGGAACAAGGUGGGCAUGACGAACAGUGACUAUCUCGCUGCCUUCUUCCAUGUUCUUUUACCUGCCGCAUACGAGUUUGAUCCAGAGCUGGUUUUGGUGUCUGCUGGUUUUGAUUCAGCCAUUGGGGAUCCAGAAGGUGAAAUGUGUGCUUCUCCUGAGAUCUUUGCACACCUCACCCAACUGUUGAUGCCUUUGGCUGCAGGCAAGAUGUGCGUCGUCCUGGAGGGAGGGUACAACCUGACUUGCCUGGCCCAAUCGGUUUGCCAAACCGUCCAGACGCUCCUUGGAGAUCCGGCCCCGCUGCUGUCGGGACUCGGGGCCGCUUGUGAGAGCGCACUGGAGUCUAUUCAAAAUGUCCGCGAAGCUCAAUCAUCGUACUGGAGCUGUUUUAAACACUUAGAGGCUCGUUCAGAAACGAGCACAAAGCGGCCCAGACUGGACGAGAAGAACGGCGCAACAAAAGAGGCUGCAGAACCUGGACCAGAGACCAGUACAGAGGAGAAGACUCAGGGUAUCGUGUGGCCAGAACCUUUAGCCAGGACAUCAGUGUGUGUGCGAACUGUCGUAGCGCCCCCUCCUGGUGUGGAGGUCUCCCUGCCUGAGGGCUGCCAGCGUUUGGAGGACGUUUCCCAAAGUACCACUAAAGAAGUACAAAGUAUCCGGGAUAAACAUUUCCAAGGCGUCACGGACCAAAACAUCCUCCAGCCUCUUGGAAAUGUAAUUUCAGUUCUUGACCAGAUGAUGAGUAAAGAGGUGUGUAACGGAUGUGUCGUGGUGUGUGACUCGAGUGUGUCCGUACGCUGUGCUUUUCAACACGCACUAAUCGGCCUUGCUGAACGGGUUAUGGUUGUUUUUAUUGGAGAUGAGAAUAUACCAGUCAUUACUAAUGAUGGGAAGGUGUUUCUAGUCCAGAUCCGUGCUGAAGAAACCGAAGAGAAGUGUGCGAACCGUUUGUCCUUGUGUCUGAGAGAGGGCGAGAGCUUCACGGCAGGUUUCAUGCAGGCGGCUGUGGGCCUGAUCCUCCCCCUGGCGUACGAGUUUAACCCCGGGCUGGUGCUGGGGGUUGUGGGAGAAAGUGGAGUGAAGACUCAUUUGGCACCAGUCUGGGGUCACCUGACCAGCCUACUUCAGGGUGUGGCACAGGGCCGGACACUCGCUCUACUGCAGGGCUAUGACAAAGAUCUGGUGGAGGUUACGGUCUCUGCCCUCUCUGGGGCCCCUGUUCCCCCCCUCGGGGUCUUGGGGGCCCCCAAACCUGAAGCUGUUCAGAUGAUAGAAAAGCAGAGACAGAGGCUGCAGAAACGCAGGGGUUUGGGGCAGGAAUGUUGGGGUCUGCUGCGGUGCACAGUUUCAGAAAGCUGAUGGAAGCCUCUUGAACAUUGAACAGCCUGCAUUUUGAUGUCCAGUUAUGGAAAAUCAUGACAAAUUUUACUUUUUUGUACUUUUAACAUUUUGUAUGGUAUUAAAAAUAAACCUGAUACAGUCUUUGUU